AUGAAUAUGAAAGCAGCAGGUUCCGAACAAUACGAAGAGUAUGGAAUUAAACCGCCAAAGGUUCGAAAUCUCUUACCUUCGAAGAAAUUCCGUGACAACGUUAGGAAAUGGGGCGAAUCGUCGGUGUUGAGUAGAAGACGAGUUAUAAUUGUGCCCAGCAUAAAAUGUGCGGCUAGAGAAGUGAAUGUGACAACAGAAGAUAAAGGUAAGGACAUGGAUGAUACAGGAUAUUUGGUCAGUCUUACGCACAUAAAUGCAUCAUUUCUUUAAAGAAGCUUUUAAAAACAUUAUCUGUACAUGUGCCUGCAUACACGCUUUUUUUUUGAAAAAGUUCAAGGAAGGCAAUUAAAUUUUCUACGAACUCGAUGUACGCGGUUUUUAAGAAAAGACUGUAGAUAAGUAACGGGUGCCUCAUUGUAAGUGUCUGAUCAGGUGAACGAUCAUUACUGCGUGCCAUAUUAAGGUAAAAAUCUUAGUGUGUUCCCUUGAAAUCUGAGUUGAAAUGCUCAAGUUACGAUUCGCCUUCAAAGUUCAUCCCAUCAACCAGGUAGGAUUGUUUAUAUGGGAAAAUAUCUGAACCAGCCAAUCUUGCCAAUCCGCUCUAGUCUGUCGAUUACUUUAUGGAGUAAUUGAAUUUUAUAAAAACCAGUAAAGUGUUAAAGCUAAAUCUCUGAAAUCAACCCAGUGGGCUUUACUUAGCUCAGAUGAAGAAGCUAUGGCAUAAUUUUUGUUCACACUGAUGAUUCAUUGAAUUUACAAAACAUAUCAGUAUCUUAAUUAUUACUGUAUUACUAAAAAUAAGAAAGUUUUUUCCCCAAAAGAUUAAUUUACUUUGACUAUUAAACCAUUCAGACAAGAAUGUUUAUCAAGAUUCUGAAGAUGACAUAUUUGCUCGGCAAGUUGAAAGAUACAAAAAGCAGUUGCAGGAACGGAAAAAGACCAGGGAAAUUUUAAACAACUGUGGGCUCAGACAAGACUGGCUUAAAAACAAGACUGGUAAAACUGAACUUGAAAGAAGAGUUUUGAAAAGAAUACUGUUGAAAGGAAAACCUGAGAUUACAAUCAAAAAGGUGUGUUACUUAACCCUUUAACUCCCACGAUCUGAUUGUUAAUUCUCCCCUCUAGCUGCUACUCAUUUCUUUGUAAAUAAGUUAGAGAAUUUGGUGUCAUUGAGAUAACAACUUCAACCAGAUAAGUUUGAAUAUUCUCAUGACCUGUUUGCUGGAUAAUGUUUGGAUAUUAUAGAGAGAAGUAACUUGUUAAUCACUCCUGGGAGUUGAGGGGUUUAAGAAUAUGUUUUAAAUCAUGUGAGAGCUUUCCUUGUUGAAUAACUAAGAACAAAAACUGAAUAAGUCAACACAUGCCAUAAGGAUGUGGGUCAAGCCUCAGGCACAGAAAUUUAGUGAGAAAAAAAAAAAGUUUGUUCAAGCAACAUUGUUAGGGCUGAUAAUUCAUUCAAAAACAUGCAACAGAUCAGUUUCUCUAAUAAAACAUCUUUUCUGGAGCAGCCCAGACAUAAAAUUAUGGAAUCUAUGGAAAAGUCAUUCUGUUUACUUUUGGUGAAAAUAUUUGAAGAAUCUUCCUAUGUUGUAGAUCCUCAAAGAUCUUCAUAACGACCUUUGAGGAUCCUUCAAGGAUAUUCUGAGCUCUUACAAGUUGUUAUCUACUUGUAAUAGUGUGAGCAGAAAGGCUAAUAAUGAUGAAGAUUAUGCUCGCACAACCACCUCUACAUGUUUCUUGGCUUUCCGUGAUGUUUUUUCAGAUACAUUAUACAUGUAAACAAGUAAUAACAUGAUUUCUCUAGCAAUUUGUUGAAAAGCACUUGUAAAUUUUUCAAAGACUAAAAAUUAAACUUGCCCCACCAGCUUGUACAAUUUUGUUGUCUAUGAAAACUUUACUCCUGCUUAUUAACACCAAAUUGCAAGAGAAAUCAUGUUAUUACCUAUACUUCUACCAUUUCUCGGAGAAUUAAAGGAAAUGUAGAAACAGGGCUGGGCUGAGCUCCAAAUUUUCAAUACAAGUUUUAACAAAGGAUGGCUGUGGAGGUCAAUCACCCCUCCCCUACUUAUACCACCAACGAAAUGAAAAACUUUGUGUCAGUUUUUUCAACUACUGUGUUGAUGCAUGAUUAUUGUUUUUAAUAUCAUGGAUCUACCAUAGUUACUGGCACAGUGGGUUCAUACUAUGAAACAGCUUUUACUGAUUUUAAAGCUGCCGCAAGUCCUUUUAUCACUCAUCUUUGAGGCUCAUGCCAGUGUAAUAAUGCAUUCAUGUUCUUGUAUUAAAUUUUCAUUUUGUUACUCACCAGGCUCCCACUCCUCCCCCAGAGACUGAAGAGGACACAACAGUAACUGGUGAAGACAGGGGGGUACCUACCAUUCACCAUCCCUCCCCAGCUGCCUUAGCAAUCAUUCAAAAAUACUUAGAUCGCAAAAGGAUGCGCCUGUUGGAUCUGUUUGCUCAAGCUGACAAAGACAAGAACUGGGUGGUGUCACGGCAAGAGUUCAGGAACAUUAUCCGAUCAUGGCGGAUUCCACUCACAGAUGUUGAUUUGGAGGAUUUGAUAUUGGCUCUGGACAGAGAUAACAGUGAUGCAUUAGACUACAGAGAACUGGCAGUUGGUAGACAGUCGUAUCUGGAGGAGAGGUGGGCAUACAUGUGCAAUAUUCUGUUUCAAUUUGCAAAUCUGAACUACUUUUUUGUCGCUCUUAUCCAGGGCUGUUACAAUUUUUUGGGUUUGUCCUGUUUGGCUUUGUUUGAGUGCUCUUAUAUUGGACAUUCACAGUUUUGUACAAACAAAAUCAAAGAUGCAAUAGCCAAUGAAAACAAAGAACAAUAUCAGAAGGGGAAAUGAGAACUAAGAAAUAAACACUUUGAAUGAGGUAACUGGCUGCCAGCUUAAGCAAAUACCAGUGACAAAGUUACAAUUGGUUUUGGGUUUGCAUGUGAUUAACCCUUUAACUCCCAUUAGUGAUUAACAUGAAACUUCUCCCAAUAAUAUCCAAUAACAUUAUCCAGCAAACAGGUUAUGAGAAUACUCAAACUUAUCAGGUAGAGGUUGUUAUCGUGAUCUAACACCAAAUUCUCUUAACUAAAUUACAAGGAAAUGUCUAGAAGCUAGAAGGGAGAAUUAUGCAUCAGAUCUUGGGAGUUAAAGGGUUGGGUUAUGGCUGGGUAUUAUGUUUUUUUUUCAAUAAGGCCAGUCAGUCAGAUCAUACCAAAUCAAAUAUUCAAAUAUUACAAUGUUCUUUCAACUUCUAAUAUUAAUGUGUAAAGCUUUAAUGUCAAGAGGCUGGAAGUCAUUGAAUGUCCCCUAGCACACAAGUAUUGGAAGGUAGACUAAGAAAGCAGUGGUCAGUACCUGGCCACUUUGCGGACAUGUCAACUUGCCAAAACCAACUGGCUGACACUAUUAGUUAUCUACAUGUGGUGUGGUAUAUUGGGGUCAGCAAGUUGUCAUGGCCUCAAAGUGACUUGUUACUGGUCAGUUACAACACUGAAUUUCACAGGUAUAUGAACAAAAUUCCAAAAACGUAGGUGUUGGGUGACAUAGGCUCCACAACAGCAAAAAAAAUGAAAAAAGAAAGGAAUAAAGAACAAUAAAAAUAUAACCUUACACAGCCUUGAUUUAGAUGAGAUUAUGGCAUGAACUGGCAAAUUGGGUGCAUUAAUUUUUAACCUUCAUUUCUUUUGAAGGGUCACUAAACAAGUGGCAGAGAUUGUCCAAACUGCUAACACUAAAACUUCCAAAAGACCUGAAACCAUUUUUGAGGAGCCUGAACCUGCUUAUGACCCCACUAACGAAAAAUGGUCUGGCACUGGAACACAAAGACCUCCAUCACCUCAAAGACCACCCUCACCACGAGCCAACCCUCAAAAAAGACCCUCAUCCUCACCACAGAGACCCUUAACCCCUUCAUCUGCUCCUGUACAACCAGUGGCCUUUAUAGCACAGCGGCCAGGGUCUGAUCCCCAGUUGCGGCGCUCUCGGCCUGUGUCACCCUCAAGUAGUGGAAGUAUUGAGAGCUUAUCACCCACCCUGUUGGAGAUACCACCUGUUCAGUUAUCAGAGAAAGUGGACCAGUUGACUCAAGAUGAGGUAUGGGACUGAUCUCCUGGAAGGAAGGGGGGGGAGGUGGCGGGUGUCUGAGGAUUCUGGUUGUGUCUCGGUAAAAAAUGACCCGACCCCUACCCUCAGUAUCCUUCUUUUUCAUAGUCCUCCCUUUAUACUUUGUUAACGACGACUAAUGAUUCCCCUGAAAACCAUGUGAUCUGAACAAAAUCAGUGAAAAUAAUAGCCAAUCAGAAGAAGAAGGAAAAUACCUUAAAGAGCCAAUGAGAGCUCAAGGUUAAAAACAAUGCGACUGCCUAAAGCGCGGGAAAAACGCGGGCGACCAAGUCGUGUCGGUUUUAGUUUUGCAGCUAAUUGGUUGAGAGAGUGGCGUGAGUUUUCUGGACCAAUCACAAAGCGAAGUAAAAAGCAAAACAAGGCAUUCCGGACUAAUUUUGGCACUUAAUUAAAAAUUGCUCUUACUUGAUCAUAUUAUUAAUCCUUGUUAGUCUGGUUGUUGUUUUUUUCACUCAAUUUAUUGCCCUCAAAUGAUGGAGAAGUCGACGAUGAAUCUUGUUAUCCAAUAUAAAAGACUUACAUGUAUCUAAUCAUGCGAACUAAACUUAUAGGGUCACGCUCCACCAGGAUGCAUUGCGGGGGUAAUGACCAUUCUCAGUGCUUUCUGUCAUACAGAAAGGGAACGUUUACCGGGUUUGACAUAUUAUUGUCUUGCGAAUUCUUCAAUUUUGUCUUUCGUCCUGUCCCAUAGACAGAAAAGAGGUCCUCAAUGGGGUUAACCGAUAGCAGUAAAACGGCCACAAAAUUUAGUCGCUAGGCGUAAAAAUUUACAAAUUUUAACCGUUAUUCGUAAAAAAAGGUAACCGUAAAAAACAUUUCUAGUGGAAACAACGGAAAGAUGUUAACCAUUAGCCAUAAAAGCCAUCACCUCAUUGAGACCGUCAGAAAACGUCAUCAGUAUGCCUCUUCUAAAGUGGCGAUUUAGUUAUACUCUUGGUCAUAAUACCCUUCUUCUAAUUGUGCAAUGAAAACAUUGGCACAAGGUAUUGCUGUUGUGGCAUUCUUUGCCGUUACCGUUCGGUUUGUGAGAAAAAGUAUGGAGUUCCUGGAUAAUAACGAUAACAGUGGCGCACGAAGCACACUGUUUGAGCGCGGCGCUUUGAGAUACUGAAAGAUCCGUCGCUUUUUAUGUACGCGAACACGGUUCAUUGAAGUCCAGAUGUAUGAUGGAAAAUAAAGUGACAUAAAAUUUAAAGUAAAGAACUUAUUUCUUCAUUGGCAGCCCUCAGCCACCAUACAGAGGCACAAUGUAACCUUUUUUUUUGUGGUAUUUCAGAUAAAAGACAGACGCAUGAAAAAACAACAAAAACGGAAAGAAAAAGAAAAAGCCAAACAGAAAAAGAGAACUGCGCCAGAAAAAGUGUUCUGUGGCUCCAUCCACCUAGGGGUAGGGUGGGGAGAUGGUGGAUCGCUACCGAAAGAUGACCAUGAAGGAGUAUAA